AUGGCGAUUGGUGACAAUAUGAUGUUGAAUGUGCCUUAUACUUUCGUCCCGGGAAAUGAUGAAUUCCAAAAUAUCACAGCCACUUACAAUAUCGGUCCUCGAUUCCGAUCCGAAGAAAACAUCCAAACCCUCAUCGCGAAACUACCGCCGAGAACGGUCAUCGAAGCCCUCGUGGAUUUCUUUUUUAGCGAAGUCAACUGGCAUUACUGCAUCCUCGAGAAGUUAUAUUUCGAUGAUUUACUCACGCGUUGGUCCCCUAAUGAGGAAAUGGGGGUUGUCAGCUAUCUGGAAAUCGCAGAACUUUCAAUGGGAUUAAGAUACUUUCCUGCCCUCCUUUUCCAGGUCAUCGUGUUAGCUUUGCAAUUUCUACCAAGUGACUGGGGGAUCCUCGCUCAAUCAUCAUCGACGGGUAUUGCAACUUCACAGACGUACAGCGACUUUGGGGACGAGCUAUUAUUUCUAUUAGGAAGACCUGGGUUCACCCUCGCUGCAGUUCAAGCAGACUUUCUAAGGUCUUCGUGGCUGAAGAAUUGUGGGCGAGGCAUUGAAGCUUGGCACGCGGUUGGAUAUGCCAUCAGGCAAGCCCAGGAACUUGAUUUGCAUCGGCGAAAAGAAAUCUAUCAAACAAAUCAAAAAAAUCUUGAGAAGACCUUGAGUAUGUUCUGGUACGGAGAGAACAAGAAACGUCUUUGGAUCAAUUUGUUUGUAUGGGAUAGGUGA